AUGGAGAAACUCAAUACUGAAGAUGGCCAGCUCUUCAUCAAGAAUCUCGCCAGAUUUGUUCGCACCCAUGAAAAGGCAUUGGCAAAUGCUCUUCAGAUGAGGCGUCAAGCCUCGAAGAGUAUUGACUCUGCUACUUCUAUCCCUACCGCCAACCGUCAUGGCUCGUCCGGCCGUUCCGCUACGUCCUCCUCCCUGGCUGCCGUUUUCUCGUUGGGAUCCUUGAGUUUUACAUCGCAUAAUAUAAAGCCAGCGAAACUGACGCUUACCCCCCACCACGUUUUCUACCUCUUGUCCCGCUUCGAGGAACUGUCUGUCCCCGUAGGCCCCAUGAACAUUCGCCUGGAGAAUAUCAACACCGAGGCUUCUUCGGCCUACGUCUCGUUCUUAGACAAGCCGCGUAAACCAAAAGGUGACCGGGACUCCAUACAUUCUGUUUCUAGCGUUCGCAGCGUUCUCUCUGGCAUGAGCGUUUUCUGGUCUUCGUUCGGCCUCCCAACCAAGGACUCCAUCUCAAAAUCAGAAAAGGCGAGAGUGGCGAUCGAAAACGAUCUUAAGUACUUAUACUCUGCCUUCACCAAGAUUCCCUGUCUAAGGCUUGCUCCGGAUCACCGCGCUCGCUUAAUCCGUGGAUACGAGGAGUUUCCUUUUGACACCGCCGUCCCCCUCCAUGCGUUCAAGAACCUGGGCUCUUUGGAAGUAAUCGAUGUCGAUUUCCGCUCCUUCUUUGGCUGGGACCGUUUGGCUGAACAACUAAGGACGUUGACCCUGAAACGUGCUAAUAUUGAAGAUAUUGGCGAUUUGUUGACGGGUAUUGUUCUGGAUGACAUUGAUAAGCGGAGACGCAGGUCUGCGAGAGUUCCCCAAUCCCCCCUCAACAGCCUAGCUUCAAGUUCAUUCAUCCAACCGGAACUCGUCAAGGCCUCCUCCGCACCCGGAUCUCCCGUUACCGGCCAUAGUUUUGGAAACCGUUCAAGUCCCCAAAGCAGCUCUACGAUGCUGAGGGCUGGCUCCUCGGAUGGAUUCAAACAAGGUUCACCAGGGGCUGCAUCGCCUCCUCGGCCGCCUAGCUCGAGGCAUCGUCACGCCCGUGGGCCUUCAGUUAAACUUAAGCGUUCUGGCUCUGGAAGCUCUAAUUCAAGCGAAGCAUCGACUGUAUGUCACAGUCGGAGUAUGUCCAACUUUCUGACUGUUGGAAUGCUGCCCUCUACCAAAUGGCGCUUUCUUCGGCACCUGGGCUUGGCUGACAACUCCAUCACCACAAUCACGGCUGCAAGCUUGGCUCCCGUUGUAAAUACUCUGCAGUCGUUGGACUUGUCCUGGAACCUCUUCACCGAAGUACCUGAUAGUCUUUCGACAUUGGUCGCUCUACGGUCGCUGAACCUGUCCAAUUGUAUGAUAGACUCUUUGCACUCCAUUUCACGCAACCCUCUUCCUGCAAUCACCGCCUUGAACCUUCGUGCAAAUAGGCUGCGGUCUAUCGCCGGCGUAGAACGUUUGCUCUCUCUAGAACGCCUCGAUCUACGCGAGAACAACAUUCCUGACCCUACUGAGAUGGCUCGACUGACAGCGAUUCCGUACCUUCGUGAAAUUUGGGUUGCAGGGAACCCGUUUACAAAGACGCACCCUGACUACAGAAUCACCAUCUUCAACCUGUUUCGAAAAACUCCCGGGUUUCCAGAGGAUAUUGUCAUUGAUGGUUCUGGACCAACGUAUUCGGAGAGGAAAAAGCUUGUGGAGAGAGUUGCAGAACCAGAGAGUGCCCCCGUCAUUCGCCACAACGAGCCGAUAAAUCUCCGCAACAAUGAUAUCGUCACUAAGGAGCAAGUUGUCUCUCGGCCUGCUGCUGGAAAUGCAGCGGACACCCAGAAUGUGAAGACGACGGCUCGCAAGCAUGAGCACGCCGGUGGAUCUUCUCGACGCAAGAAAGGCCACAGACGGAGGAUUGUUGAUCUAGCACAGGAUGACAGCAGACAGAGCACAGAAAUUGUGGAACCCACCACUCCCGCAUUCGGCUCCCCCCUCCAGGACCACCAAGGUAUACCCUCACGACCAAAUCUCCCUCGUCUAAACACAAAUACUGCGCCCGGUGCUCCCGUACCACCCCCCAAAAUCGUAACCUCUGGUAGUGGAGACAAUUUCCUUCCUGUCAUCGAAGGUGUGGAUUGGGACGGUAGUGGUGACCUCUACCGUCAACGGCUAGAAGCGUUGAAAAACGAAGUCGGUGCAAACUGGUUAACGGUUUUGGACGAUGGGACUUGGAACAAUAAGCAGAGAGACGUUGGCUUCCACCCACCCGCUGGCUCCGAUCUUCACCCGGUCGGACACAUUCAGCCGCCCGUGACGAGAGCGACCAGCCAAGUGAUUUCCACUGGCGGUCGGGCGUUGGGGUAG